UGACACCACUGAAAUCUUGUUUAACUGUCAGUCCUUGCUUUAUUAUUAUUUUCUAUCUGGAAAACAAAAUAAAAUCCCGAGAAUUUUCAGUGUUUUAGUUUCAAAUAAAAGUUUACCGAAGUUUUACAACCAAUUCGUAGCUUGUAAGAUGACAAAAACAAAGGUCGAGUUCGCUGUGCAAUUUUCCGGUGAAAAUGCUUCCGAUGCAAUAAAGUCCGUGCUAAAAGAUGUUGGAACAGUUGACGUUAAUCAGGAAUCGGGACGUGUUGUCGUCGAAACGACCAUUCCAUGGAACGAGAUCCAGCAGCGAAUUGAAGGGACCGGCCGUCGGGCUGUGCUGACCGGUUUCGGUGGAAAGAGUUGCGUUUCGAUCGUAAGCAGCAGUAAAGUUGAAGCAAUGAAAGGAGUCGUACGGUUCUGUGCCGUACCGGAUGAUUCUGGAUGUGUAAUCGAUGGGGUUGUUGAUGGAUUUGAACCGAAUUCAAAGGUCGCAAUCAACGUACACGAAUACGGAGAUGUUAGCAGUGGUUGUGAUUCGGUGGGCAAUGUUUUGGAACAAAGUUCUCGUCUUGAGAAGGUAGUUAGCAGUGACACAAAUGGACAGAUAUCAUUCCGUAUACUGGACAGUCAUUUAAAUGUCAGCAAUUUGAUCGGACGCAGUGUUGUGAUAAGCAAAGUUGGUGGUAAUGAGAGACUGGCGUGUGGAAUUAUUGCUCGAUCAGCUGGUAUAUUCGAGAAUUAUAAGAAAAUUUGUGCAUGUGAUGGUGUUACACUCUGGGAAGAACGAGAUAGAACUUUAGCGUGGCAGAGUUUGUACGGGAAAAUUUAACGAUGAAUUGGUUUCGGGUUUGAGAAAAUAAAUAUUUUUGCAUCACGGGAA